UCCCCUGCUGCCCCUCCUCAUUCGCUAGCAUGACGCUCCCUCGGCUCUCACACACUCUCUCCCUCCCCUCUUUAACUUUCUUUCGUCCUUUAAACUAACUUUUCAACCGUAUUGAUAAUCUUUUUAAACCACCGCUGCCGUGAAGGGAAGAAAUGACUGUGUUGUCGACGGGAAUACGGCUUCGUGAGCACCGCUUCUGACAGCUGAGCUCCUUCGGCAAUGCCACAGUCCCAUCUCUGAUGAGACGAUGAGAACCCACACCCGCGGGGCCCCCACAGUCUUCUUCAUAAGUCUGCUGUGGCCCCUGCUCGCCCCAGCGGUGGCAGCGGAAGUGGAUCCCAGCGGAGGAAUCCCCUUCAUGGGAGGCAACUACAAUGGUCAUCCCAUGCUGUACUUCAACAGGGGGGACGUGGAGGAGCUGCAAUAUGCAGCGGCAGGGACUCAUAUGGACAUGGCAAGGAGGAUCCGUGAGGCUGGGGAGACCAUGCUGGAGCAUCCUGAGAUGUACCUGCCCCCCUGGAGCCCUGCAGAGUUCAGCGCCCGCUGGAACGAGGUGUAUGGAAACAACCUAGGUGUGCUGUCCAUGUUCUGCGUGCUGUACCCUCACAGGGCCGGGGCCCUCGACCUGGCCAAGGACUACAUGGAGAGGAUGGCGGCUCAGCCUAGUUGGUUGGUUAAAGAUGCCCCCUGGGAUGAAGUUCCUCUGGCGCACUCUCUGGUCGGGUUUGCCACUGCUUAUGACUUCCUGUAUGAGUACUUGAACAAGGGCCAACAGGAGCGUUUCCUACAGGUGAUCGGCAACGCGUCACGCCUAAUGUAUGAGAAGUCAUACGUCCGAGGCUGGGGGUUCCAGUACCUACACAACCAUCAGCCCACCAACUGUGUGGCUCUGCUCACAGGAAGCCUGGUUUACAUGACCCAAGGUUACCUCCAGGAGGCCUACCUGUGGACGAAGCAGGCCCUGUCUAUCAUGGAGAAGUCCAUGGUCCUUCUGCGCGAUGUGACGGAUGGUUCCCUGUAUGAAGGAGUGGCCUACGGGACUUACACCACCCGCUCUUUGUUCCAGUACAUGUUCCUGGUGCAGCGCCACUUUAGCAUCAGCCACUUCGACCACCCCUGGCUCCUCAAACACUUCGCCUUCCUGUACAGGACUAUCCUGCCUGGAUUUCAGCGGACUGUAGCCAUUGCAGAUUCCAACUACAACUGGUUCUACGGGCCGGAGAGCCAGCUGGUCUUCAUGGACCGUUAUGUGUUACGUAAUGGCAGUGGAAACUGGCUGGCAGAACUGAUUCAUCAAAACAGGGUGACGGAGGGGCCGGGGCAGGCUGGAAAAGGACAGCGAUGGUGUACUCUCCACACAGAGUUCAUCUGGUAUGACCCAGGACUGAUUUCCAAGCCUCCAUCGGAUUUUGGAACAUCCCAACUCCACUACUUUGAGGACUGGGGCGUUGUGACGUACGGCAGUGCUUUACCUUCUGACACCAACCGCACCUUUCUCUCCUUCAAGUCGGGGAAGCUGGGAGGACGCGCCAUCUUUGAUAUCGUCCACAUGAACAAGUACAAAGAGUGGAUCAAAGGGUGGAGGAACUUUAACGCUGGUCACGAGCACCCUGAUCAGAACACUUUCACUUUCGCGCCCAACGGUGUCCCAUUCAUCACAGAGGCACUGUAUGGACCAAAGUACACUUUGCUGAACAACGCAGUGUUGUUUGGCUCUGCACUCUCAGGGAGUUGCUUUAAGCCGUGGGCUGGACAGGUUACGGAAGCCUGUGAUUCCAAGUGGUUAAAGUACAAAGCUGGACUGGCGGCUGAUGCCCAGGGCAAAGUCGAAGCUGCUAUGGAGAGACAGGGAAUGGUCUUCAUCCGUGGCGAGGGACACUCCGCUUAUAAUCCAGAGCUACAGAUCAGGAGCUUCCAGAGAAACCUGCUCCUUCUUCACCCACAGCUCCUGCUCCUUGUGGACCACAUCCACCUGGAGCCAGACAGCCCAACCAGGGCCAUGAGCGCCUUCUUUCACAACACAGAACUUCCAUUCCAGAGUACAAAGGUAGAUGGCGUUCAUGGAGCAUUUGUAUCACAUGGUGAGGAUAAAUAUAAGAUGUUCUGGAUGGAUGACACAGGCUACAGUAACAAAGGAGUGGUAGGUUACUGGAAUUACCCUCGAGGGUACCCGUAUAAUGGCUCCAACUAUGUGAACGUCACAAUGCCAUUGAGAUAUCCUCACACCAGGGUGGCCUAUAUUUUCUUUGGACCAGGUGUGGAUGUACAGAGCUUCAGCCUGCGCGGUGAUGACCAGAGAGUGGAUAUCUACCUGGCCACCAAGGAUCACACCUACACUAUCUACCUGCUGACCGGAGAGGUCACCAGCAAGCCUCUGUUCGCCAUGGUGCUGCUGGACCACAAGAAGAUCGUAUUCGAGAAGUCAGCGGCCGUGGAGGACAGCUCACCUGAAGAAGUAGAGGAAUACGUCAACGUGAUGGAGGACAACCUCCAGCAUGUCAAGCCCGUCUUCCAGCAGAUGGAGAGACACAUCCUGGGACGGGUUCUAAACACUGCCAGCUUCCGCAAGACUGCAGAGCGCCUCCUCCAGUUCACUGACAAGAAGAAGACGGAGGAGGUCAUAGAGAAGAUGUUUGCUAUGUCGAAGAAACAGGGCAAGGGUAAAGGGGGGAAGAAAAUGAACCUUGGGGAGAAGCUUUCAGAGAGUCUACCUGACAUUUUUGCACAGAUCGAGGCGAAUGAGAAAAAGGUGAGACAGAGGACUUCAAAACGUACAUAUGAGGACAGUCCAGAGGAGGGAGAGGGAGACACGCGGGCCUUUGUGGAUUAUACAGACGGCCGCAAAAACAAGAAGGGGGCCUUUGUCAAGGGCCGCAAAUUCAAGGAGGUUCACAUGGUGGCCACAGCAGGGAGCGAGGGUCUCUCCAGCACCGCCUCCUACAUAAGACUCUUCCUCCUUCUGAACACCGCCACCUUCUUUUUGCUGCUGGCCGUGUUACUGACUCGCUUCCAGAGAGGUCGGAGUUUGCACACGCAGAGAUGCUUCUACACCAUCCUCCUGAUCGACUGCUUCAUCUUACUGUACCUGUACUCCUCCUGCUCUCACACACAGUGUUAACGUCAUGAGCGUGUGAGGGGGUCUUCCAGAUCCAAUGACCAUGGUGACCUUAAAGCACCCCACGCCUCAGUCUGAGCCAGAUCUUACCAGUAUUAGGGCCAAUUUUAAAAAAAUAAACAAAAAAGCUGAGAUUUUGGGAAUUGUUUGGGUUUUUUUUGUGUUGUGGGAAUAAAUUUGUAAUUUUACAAGAAAGAGGUCAGUAUUUCAACAAUAAGGUCAGAAUGUGGUGAAACUAUUGACAUACUUACAUCUGCUGAUACUGUAGUCACACAGUCAGUCAGCUUUUACUGUCAGAUGAGGGAUACAGAUGAGCUGAAGUUAUAGAUUUCAUCAGUGACGACAUUAUAGGUUUUAGGACAAUAAAUGAGAUGAAAACAAUGACAUCACAUAACAGGAUGCAUAUUUUAUCGUAAAAUGAUGUAACAUUGUGACCUUUUCUAGAAAUUCCAACGUCAUUUUCUUAAGACAUUUUAUUCUUAUAUCAUGGCUUUUAUUCUUGUUAUAUGAUUUUUCAGCCCCCUCUCACUCCCAGGGCAUUAAAUACCACUGCUUUGUUACGUCCCUCAGCAUGUGGUAUUGACGCCAAAGGCACCCUUUAGCAUCUUUAUGACUUACCAGGCUAUCAGCUAACUCUGAUGUAAACCUAUCCGCAGCAAUACAUAUUGCUCCGAGCAGCAUGAGUGGUGUAGAGACGAUAAAGGAGAUCCAGGAGACCCACAGGUUGUGUCCUGUGUGAAUCCAAAAGUGAAUGCUGUGCUGACAUAACGUUAAGUUAACUGUCAUAUCUAUACCCCAUGUGAAUCCAAAAGGCAGUGUUGUGUCGACGCAACAUUAAGUAACUUACGUGUCUACAUCCCGUGUGAAUCCAAAGUCAGCGUUGUCGAUGUAACGUUAAGUAACUUACGUACCUACAUCCCGUGUGAAUCCAAAAGUCAGUGUUGGUUUAAUAUUACCAAACACAAUUUAUAUACAGUCCUCACAUUACAUUACGUUACGUUACGUUACGUUACGUUACGUUGCGUUGCGUUACGUUACGUAACAAACAUACAUAAUUUAACCCAAAACAUUAUUUUUCAUCUUAACCUGACCAAGUAGUUUUGUUGCCUAAACCUAACUAUGACCAUAUAACACCACAUGUUCCAAUGUGGUUCAGCUGUGAGUCACAUAGAUAAGAAAAGAUGCCCAGUGUGUCGCUUUGUGACACCGAAGGGCGUGACAAAGAGUUUGUAUGUGAUGACCUGGGUAUUUGAGUGAUCCUUUACAGAAUUACAGUUUUUAUUUUUUGAUGUUAUAUGACUUUUUAAAUUAUAAUCUUUAUAAUAUUUUGAUUGUAGCUCUCAUAAUAUGUUUUUCUACAAAUAGACAUUACUCUCCUAAUAUGACUUCUUCUAUUUUACUUAUGUAGUCCAAAAUCACAAAUUUGCCUCAUGGGGCCUAAGGAUAGUCAUCUAUAAAUUAUUAUGACAUUUUCUAAAAGUUACAACUGUAUUCUCUCAACAUUCUGAUGUUUCACCCCAGAAUAUUAUGAAUGUAUUCCUAAAAUCUCAGAUUUUUUUUUUUUAACUAUGGGCCAAAUACUGGUAAGAUCUACCUAAUGGGUGUUCAGGAAAAACAACUGAUUCCAAAUAGGAAUUGAAGAAUUGCCAAGAUGAAACCAGACCACCUCUGAUGUAUAAGCUUCUGUGGAGCUUUAGUCUGUGUGAAGUUGGUCCUUUGUAGUGUUCAGAGGUCCUGCCUUGUAUCAAAGAUCUCAAGGUUAGCCACUAUGAUACAGUUGCCACAUCUGUACUUGAGAUUUGUCCUGUCUACAUAGUUAUAGAAAUGCAUUUAAAUGUAUAUAUGUGAAAGCAAGAUAUAUUUUUAUGGUGUUUGUUUUUUUUACCAAAUGUAAAUAAAAUUACUACAUGCAUAGGUACGCCGUCAUGGUGUGUUGUGUCUAGUGAAUGUGCAAAAAAUGUGGAUAAAAAACUGUCUGAGAGAGCUCCACAUACAGUGACUUAAACAAUGAAAAGAAAAGAAGAAAAAAAAUCCAGACAACAAAAGCAAAGAACGAAAAACUUUAAGUCCAACAACAUGGUAAAUUUCCAGGAGACAUAAAUGGGACAAAUAUGUUGACCCCUCAAUAACAGAUGCAGAUAAAAAUCAAGAAGAGCACAGAUGUAAAUAAUAGAGUGAAUAACAGCUGAAUUCCAUUUAGCUGAUUCAGUUCAGGGUCCUGGUAUUGUUCGUGCUGGCUCACUGUCACAGCUUACUGGGAAACUUGAACAGAUCAGAGCCAUCAUUAAUAUGAGAAACACCUGUGCUUUUCAUACCAUGACAACUCAAAACUUCUGCAGGGACGUCUGCUUUUUCACAUCCUUAAUAAGUGAUUCCCAUAUCAUUGAAGAUAACGCAUAGCAUUAGCAUACUAGCAUGCUCAUCUGUUAUAAUGCUGCAGUCAU